UUUCCAUUUUCAUUUUAGUCUUUGGUGCAUCUGCAAACCGGAUUUUCCUUCCUUGUUCUCCCUGUGAGGGUCAGCACAAUAUAUGUUCUCAUAGCACUUCACAGAACUGUUUGAGUUGGAAGGGACCCUUGAAGGCCAUCUGGUCCAACUGUCCUGCAAUGAACAGGCACACCUACACUAGGUGCUCAGUGUCCCAUCCAACCUGACCUCGGAUGCCUCCAUGGAUGGGGCAUCCACCACCCCUCUGAGCAACCUGUGCUGGUGCCUUAUCAUAAAAAAAACUUUUUCCUUAUAUCCAACCUAAACCUCCCAUCUUUUAGUUUGAUACCAUUUUGUCUUGUCCUGUCACUGCUAAAGCAUCUGUCGCUUUCUUUCUUCGGGUGGGACAGAUCUGACACAAAAUAUGUCAGAGCCCAUAAUGUUACUUUGAAACAGGUUACAUUUUUUUAAGAACAGAACAAAAUCAAUUUCAGGUCAAGCUAAAGUUGUCUUGAGUUUGCUACUGUCUCUGGCAGUUGCUUUAGUGGAGCAUGUAGGAAACAAAGUAAGCAGCAGGUGACCUUGCCUUGUUAAUCAGGCACAGAUUUUUUUGCUAGUUGCCCAAGGAGGCUUUAAUCAGCAACAUGUUGGCUAAUUGGAGAUUCCUCAGGUGUUUUUUAUUCCUCACCUGUUAUGAAUUUGUACUAUUUAAAGACUUAAGGGUGGUGGGAGAGAGAAGAGAGAAUUCGAAUGUUCUCUGCUUCAGUAGAAGCAUGGAAACAACAAUCAGUUUCAAUAGCAUGCUUAUGUAUGAAGAAAUUUCAAAAGCUGCAGAUGGGGCAUCUAGCAUAACUAGUAACUGGGCAGAAGCUGCAAGAAGAAAUACCCUCUUGGAUUUCAAGGAAUUAUUGAACUGGGAACUUCUUAUUAACCAUGCCAACGCUCACAAAUCUUUGCCAUUUUCCUCUGUAGAUACAGUGACUUUUGAUGUGUGGAAAACACAGAGAUAAAAAGCCCCUCCAGUGUUGUUUCCUGCAAAGACCAUUCUUAAGAGCUCGUUGGACAGCGCAGGGCUCUUGAAGUGAUAGCUAAUUGGUGAAAGAAAGGCCCCGAUUGUCUGGAGGGAGCUGGAAAGUGCUGCGUGUGCUGCUGAAAGGGACUAGGGAGAAGGUGCCUGGUUUCGCUGAGCAGCUGCUGCUGGAGAUGUUUGGAGAUUACAUCAGCAUUGGAAAAAGGGGGCAAAAAAAAGUCCAACUUCACAGAGACGGAGUUUAUGGAGUUUUUUUUCCCCUUCCAAAGGUCUUCUGACAAUACUGUCAUUGUCAAUAUAAGAGUUGUUAAUUCUUCAUGAAUAGCACAUGGGGCCUCUUGACUAAAUGGUACGUUACAUGUCCCAAAUCUGUCAGCUGGGCUCUUCUCUCACAUGCUAGUGAGAUCACUUUGAUUGGAAUGUUACAGGAAUUGCUGGGCUGGCCGUGCAGAAUUGAAUGCUGCAUUAUAUAAUUAGAUCUCCCAGAGUAUUUUUUUGGCAUUACCUCAUUAUUCUAGCUUAAAUAUGGAAUCAGCCCUUUUGAUGAUUUUACUGGUUGUAAUUAUAUUAAUACGAUUCAUUUUAUGGUCCUGUCUUAGUGCAUACAUAGAUUACAAACUGUCUCGAAGGUUUCCUGACAGGAAAAAAGAGCGCUAACAGAUCUCAAAAGGCUUCUUCAGAUUUCAGCUGACAAUGAGGACAACUGGACAAGGUAAAUGGACCUAGAGCAGAUUUUACCUUGGCCUCUAAGGAAACAGAAAUGGCCAGUUGAGACUGCAAUUCAGUGAAGAUCCUUCAGAAGGCCUCAUGCUGACAGAGAGGGAAUAGAAACCACAACAACUGAUUGAGUCAAACGACUUCCUAUCAGACUAGAGCAAGAAUUUGUUGUUGGGAACAGGACUGUGGACAUUUGCCAGUUAAAUGAUCUGGACAAGCUGGAAGGAAUCCUAUUGUUGGGGAGUCCAAGGCUGACAGUGGCCCAGUCUUGCUACGUGAAAUGUGAUGGCCCAUUGCCUGUUGGACGAGCUGCUGGUCUACACGUUAGGAUGUCAGCUGCACACCCUGCCUGGAUGCAACAACUGACUGUGCCUGAAUGAGCACGGAGAUUACAAACCCGGCUCAGGAGCCACGUCUAAUGCUGCAGAUUUGCAGAGUGGAUUUUUACAUGAUUGACUUGUUGCUAAAUUCCUUUUUGGUUUCUCCCUGUCUGUCAGAUCAGAAGCUGGUUAUACCCAAUGAUCGCCAUUGUUGUCAGGUGGCAUAUCUGAGUAACAGUAGUGGUGGAGCACCACUGGGAUAGUCUGUUCCAUGAAAACCAGAUCUGUGCGCUACAGUUUGUCUGACAGACUCCAGCUCUGCUUCAGCAGUACUGGGCAUUGGGGCAUACAGUGCUUAGAGGCCUUGCAAAGUAAUUUCUCUUCUAGCCUUUAGUAAGGAGGUACCAGGACACGGAAAGCUUUGCCUACUCACCCAAGGCAGGAGUGACUUGAGAUUUUUUGCUUAUUGCAUCUUGCAAAGUGAGACAGGGCUCCAAGCGAACUGCCUGCUUUCAGAUGGAUGCUACACUGAGUAAAACUGCAAAAAAUCUUCCUAUUUAACAUUGGCUUUUAAAAACUUGGUAUUCCUAUAGCAAAAGUAGGAAAAUUGUAUUGCUUUGCCUGAGAAAGAAAGUUGAAAUGUGGUAUUUUUGGCCCAAUCCUAUCUGGUAUUCUUUAUAUCAUGCAGAAUCGAAAGGCUGCUGCUCUGAGAAAUGGCUUCAAAACUCUUGGUAGCUCACAUAAUAUCAGAAAGCCUGGGUAAAAGCCCAAAGCAUUCCCAUGAGAAGUUUUUGGCACAUUCAUGACUCUUUAUAGGCUUGUUCAUUAGUAACUGUUGAUCAGCUUUUAUCACUUUGUCAUUUGAAGCCUCCCAACAUUCAGAUGUGAGAUAUAGUAUUUGUUCUUGCAGUGGAACAGAGUAAAUGUCAGGCCAACAGAUUUCAGACUCGGGCUUUAUUUGUGGUGGUGACCAAUCUACAGAACUGUUUGCAGCAUCUGAAGGUGCAUGCCAUUGACUUUAAAUCUAGCUAGUAAAUAAAUUAAAUGUAGAUGAAAUUAACCCCCUUGUCUGUCUCUGUGGGUCCUAAUUUUAGUGAUGAUUUUUAUAUUUAUUUUUUUGUUCCCCAGUACCAGCAGACCACAAAGGGAAAGUGAAAUGUCUAUUUGCUAUGCAAACAUACCUCUGAUAAUAAGUAAUUGGAAAAAUAGGCACAGAAAUCCAUCUUAUGUCAGUUAAACAUUGCUAUUCUUAGCUGUUGUACAUCCUUGGAAGAAAAUGAAACUUGCAGAGAAAUUCAUAGUGCUUUUAAAAGCAAGUCUUCUAAUCCAUUACUUUGAUUAUAUUGAAAUAUACUUAAAAGUGUCAUAUUCAUAUUAAUCAUUUAAAAAUGUGAAUGUAAUGAGACGUGGACUAAUGUCUUUAUCAUUUGGUGAAAUAAGAAGCUGAAACAAGUGUGCAACUUGUAUCUUUGAUUCCUUUAUUCCCAUAGAGUAGAAUCUUGAAUUUUCCAUGUAAAUCAGAGAUUGUUUUUUUGUUAUAGACCAUAAUCUUAUGGCCAAAUUUUCAUUGAUUUCUGUGGUGCCAUUAAUAGGAAUGGCAGGAUGGAAUCAUAAGAACAUCUUGAUGUUUGAGCUGCCAUAGCCAAUCUCCUUCAAUGGCUUGCUAUUGUUGUGUGGGGAAAGUGGGCCAAUACUGGGUGAACUUACUGACUGGUAGAUGUAAGGCAUGGUAGGUAUCUAUCCUGUAGGUGACCACUGUUGUGAAACUCAGCACUGCCAGAUAUGGGGAAGAGCCUGUCAAUUCACUGGUUCUGUUUGUGUUUGUCUUUUUAAAUUGUUUAAUUUAUCCAAGAUACAAGAAUUACACUGAUUGUGUUAUGGUCAGUGUUUGUCAUAGGAUUGAUCUUCAUCCUACACAGGUAAAACUGGCUGGAACCCUGAACAGUUUACUAGAACAUCAAAGCUUUGAGGCACAUAUGAUUAAUAAAGAAAAUAUUUUGUCUUAAUAAAAAUUUUACUGAUUUAAUUUGGUUGUUUUGAAAUCCAUAUGCACUGAAAGUAAUUUUAAUGCUUUGAAGUUCCGCUUCUGGUGUCUGAAAGCCCAUUGUAUCUUUCUGCUGAUGAGGGUUUUUGUGGCAGAACUUAUGGUGUCCUCUAAUCUAACCAUCUGUCCAAGCUAGAUUGUCACUGUGCUUACAAGUUAGUUUCUCUUUACAUGAAAGUGCAGCAAAAGAAAAUUUUGGUGAAUAAAUUCCUCAUAUCAAGUACUUGUACUUUAUUUAAGAUAUACCCUGAAGCCAUGUUUCAGUGGGAGUUGAAUGAACUUGACUGGAAACCACUGUAGAGUCUUCUUAAAGUUGAUUUAAUUUCAGGUAGGUAUUAAUGAAGAUUCUUAGGCCCCACUGUUUUUGCUUGUGUUUAGGAUUAUUUAAGAAUAAGUCUGUGCUUAAGAGCAGUUUUGAGUCACAGAGUGAAUGAAGACUGCAGUGUGGAACCCCCUUUCAAGACAUGAAACCAAGGAUUCUGCUUCGUUUUGACUGAAGCCAGUGGUUUGAACAAAAGCAGGAGUUAGUGUAAAAAUGAGAUAGAUGGAUUGUUUGAAUCCAUUAGACAAACUCCAGCAGAGAAAGAUGAAGCACCACUGUUGUCAACACUGCCACCUGCAGAGAUCAUUGCCAACUGAGUGGGAAGGAUCCUGCCAGAAUCUGAGACAGGAGCAUAGACUUGGCACCAGGUCAGCCUGCCCAGGGCCCAUCCAACCUCACUUUGAACACCUCCAAGUGAUGGGUCAAUCAUAACUUCACUCGGCAGCCUGUUCCAGCACCUCAUCACCCUCUCAGUGAAAAUCUUCCCCAAUGAAUUGGAAGGUCAGCUCAGUUUCAAAAUGAAGGUAAGUGCUGGGAAGUUUUGAGACCUGUGGAUGAAAAAUGGUGCAUCAGCGUUUCCCUCUGCAACAAAUCUCAGUAAUUUACUGAGAUAGAAAUGUCACAUUGUAUGCUGGCACUUUAUAAGUGCUGGAAUUUUCCUGUAUACAACACUUCUGUGCAUGACAGUUGGAAGGAAGUUCCACUGAGGCAUUUUAGGACUGAAAUUUAAGCUGAAUCUCAUAACAAGAAUUUAUCAAAAGUACAACUGUCUAUAUUUUUAAACGCACUAUUCAGGAAACAACAGAUAAUCAUGCAGUCUGUUGGAAACAUUAAGCUAGAUUUUAAGCAUUUAACUUUAUAACCUUUGUAUAAUUCCUAGACUUUUAUGUUGUCACUAAUUAUUUGCUAAAAUGGUUGUCAGUAAUAGAUAGCUUUCUCAAACAGCAUUAAUUCAGCUUCACAUGGACAGUGUAUUUUCCUGCUUUGGAUGUGAAGCUCUUUGGGUCGUGUUAUAUUGUGGGGGAGAGGGAGCCAGUGCUGCCAACUGGGAAUCUUCAGUACAAAAACUAUUAAGAGGUGAUAAAUCAUUGGAGGCCCAGUGUGUGAUUAAAAGCUGUGGCCACCAGCAGUGACCCAUGGGGAAGAAGGUAUCAGUGACAGAGAGCAGGGGGAGGUGUUUGGCAUUCCUGUUUGGAGGCCUAACCAGGGCACUGGGGUCUGUUUAUGUUUCUGUUCCACCGACUCCUGUGAAAUGCCCUCUGUCUGUACAGGGAACACACAUUGAGUUAGGGAAAGUUAUCUUUGGUAUUUCUUGAAAUGUUAAGGCAUGGGUACUUGAAGGUAACGUGUGAGGUGAAUUACCUGUGACUCUGAAGUGAAAGCAAAACAGUUCAAGGUUCUGUGGCUCAACAGUCAGAAUCAGUUAUUGCAAUUUUGGGUGAGCAGAAUGCUGUACGUGUGACUCCUUUCCUCUGUAUUAAGCACUUGUCCAUUUAGGAAAUGUACUUUUUUCUUGAAUCAACCAGCAUCUAAUCUUGGGAUCCACUUUUUCCUUUGCUUAGCAGAAGGCUUGGUGAAAUAAGAGCCCCACAAAAUAUUGGAAAAAUCGUUAGGAUUUGGCCUGUUCUCUGCCCAUCUAUCUAUCCAGUUCUGCACAAAGUGAACUGUAUACAUGUCCACACCACAAGGAGACUGUUCUUCCAGGAUAAUACUGUGGGGAAACUGUCAAAUACUUUACUGAAUUCCAGGUAAGCAACAUGCACGGGCUCCCUCAUCUUCUUAUUGUAUCAUAUAAGCAAUCUGUCUUUAUAGAGCCUAUAUUUCACGUUACAUCUUUGCUUCUUGUUUGUAUGGAUACAGGCUUUGUGCAAGUUAGUGUGCAUCCUAGCUCAUGGCUGAGGCAGGUUGCAAGCUGGUUGCUGAGGUGCUCCCCCUGUGAUCUGUGUGCAUGGAUCAUCUCCUUGUCGGGUGAUAUGGCAAAACCAACACUCCUGGAAAGAGUGGUUAUUUAUUUUUUUUACUCAGUAAAGCUUGAGUAAUAUAGACAACAGUGAAUGGAUUGAAUGCAAUAUUGCUAUGAAAGGUAUCGUUCAUACAUUCUCAGCAGUGGUUCAAUCUAUUAUUUUCCAUUUCUGUCCAGGCUUCUGCUGGGAGCACACUGUGCACUUUUUAGAUAGUUAUCUGUGUCCACUUCAGAAUUAUUGGGUUUGGUUAUUUAUAUACAAUCUUUUUAAAACUCAUUUGUUUUAAGACACAGCCUGUGCUUAUGGUAAAGAGUCUUCUGGCUUUCCAUGCUCCCUCUAGCAAAGUGACUCAGACUGAUUAUGGAUAAACAGGCAACGGUGCUGUGAAAACCAGCUUUUUUGCAGGCCCAGAGGGUCAAAUCAGUAGCCUGGAAAUGCAUUGGGGUCAUCAUACAGACAGGAGAGACCUUAACAAUUACACUUAAUUUGACUUACAAUCAAACAGAAGUAGAUGGUAAAGCAGGAAAUGGUAUCUUUAGGCAUGACAUGAAAUAGUAUUGCUGUCAACUUGAAUAAGAAAAUCUGACUUUUUUUUUAUAGUGACCACAUAUUUAAGUAGCCUGUAGGGUCAAACAGCCUUUCCUACAGCCCUUUGAUAGCUGGCCUGAUAAUGGCAUAUACACUAUAAAUAUCCUGAAUCAAUAAUUCUGUAUCGCUGCUGAAAGCAGGCGUGUUCACAUAUCACAGCAGAUGGGAAGAAAGCAAAUAAUAUUUGUCUUGCCUUUCAAAUUGAUUUCCUGUUUUCAGUAAGCCAGAGUGUGUCCAUAUGUUAAUCAGAUUGCUAAGAAAGAUAGCAGGGCUUGGGGCAGCAGACUUCCACUUGAUCUACUGGGAAAAGGGGGGCAAGGAAGGGAGGAGGAAGUCCUCUAUGGCCCUAGAAUAUCUGUGGCAGAAGCAUUUACAAAUGUUAUACAAUUGCCUGCGCUUCCCUGACUUCCCCUCAAAAGUACUGAGUGUUCUCUUUUCUUUCUUAGGGAGAAAAUCUUCACAGUGCUCAGUAAGCUGCACAGUUGCACUUGUUUGCUGGGAAUUCCUUAAUUCAUUUUUUCUUUCAUCUUGGAGAAAAAUUGGUGUGGUGAGGCAUUUAUAGUGUCCUGAUUUUGGAUAGAAAGACCUUAGGUCCUCAAGGGAUACAUGGACUGCAGCCCUUCUCUACUGUCUUCCUUCUCCCUUCCUCAGUGCCAUGCUUUUCUCUGCACCUCCACACUUGCAAUAGCAUGACUAUUUGAGCUGUGAUAUGCCCUACCGUAGAGCAUGACGACUGUCUGCAAUGACCCCCAAAUGCUCUCUCAGGUUGCAUUAUUUUGUCUUAGGGACAGGAUUUAGUGGGCUAUAUUGGUGGUAAGCGGACAGUUGAACUAGGUGAUCUUAGAGGUCUUUUCCAAUCUUAAUGAUUCAAUGAUUUUUCUCUUCAAAUAGGAGGUUUUAUUCAACUAUAAUGAUAAAUAGUUAGGAGGUCAUUUGCAUGCAUGUAAACUCUAAUCAUUUUUAUACAAUUGAAUGGAAGAACAUGAUGGAACAGUGGACAUUCUUCCGUGGGAGGAAUUUAUGUACGUUCUGCAGUGUACAGUUUUAUUCUGCUUUUACAGUCCUAGAUUUAUAAAACACUUCUGUCAAUGUCAAGAAAUUCCUGUGCUCAGGAAGCAUUGAGGAAGCCCCAGUGCAGGGAGGACCAGAAUUGGUCGUUCUAACGUUUUUGAAGUUAAAAGACAAAAACAGACGACCAUCCCUUCCCGUAGUGGCUUCUAUUAUUAGAAAAGUAAUUUUUUUUUGGAGAGGAAGGAUGAUUUUAUGGAGCUGGAAGCCAGAUGAUUUCAGUUCUAAUCCUGGUGUUGACACAGAUUUUCCUGUGCGACCUCAGGAAAAAUCUCUCACUGCAUUCCAGUUUGCAAUCAGUAAUAUACAGUGGUCAUUCUUUGUUAUCUCUGAGGAGCACUCUGCAGUUAAUAAUGCAUGGUCACUGGACCAGCUUUGACACAUGCAUACGUGCUUAAAGACAGUGUUUGGUAUCUAGUCUAGUACUUUUUUGUGUAUUCUUAAAACAAGUUACUUGCUUAACUCUUUUGGAAUUUGGCAAGUUUUAUUUCCAUCUCCAUCAGCUUGUACCUUAAUAUCUUUCAAAGUUCUGUCAUGUAGUAAUAUGCUGGCAUAAAGUAAAAAUGCUAGAAAUGAAAUGUUCCUCCAGUAAGAGAAGUAGGCAGAUGUAAGUUAGGGAGACCUGUUAAAAUGUUAAGGCACUUUGAAUGUUUUUUUGUUAUUUUUUUCCCCCCCAAAUAAAACUUCAAGAACAGUCAUGUUAAACGUUGUAAUCACAGGAUCGACUCCAUCUGUUUGAGUGAAUUGCUUUACAAUGUAAAUAAAGAUCUUCUGGGGGCAAAGCAAGGGCAUGUUCUCUACCUCUCUUCAUGGAUAUUCCAGCUGAAUACAGGACUGACUCUGUAAUUUCAACUGUAAACAACAGGGCUCCCUGAUCUAGUGAAUGGCAGCCUUGCCCACUGCAGAGGGUUGGAGCUCCAUGAUCUUUAAGGUCCCUUCCAACCUAGGCUGUUCUAUGACAUUGUAAGUCCCCAAGAAACAUUUUGAAGCAGGAUCUUGCACUUUCUUAAAUACAUAAUCAACUGAUCUUAUUUAAGACCCUUUCCAAACUUCAACUCCAACCUUGUGCUGUCUACUCCUUUCUUUCUGAUCUUACUCAGAAAAAAGGUUUAUUUCCCCAUUGUUUUUGCCAUUUUUUAUUUUAUAUGUGCAAUCUUCUCAUCAGUACUAUGUGUUUUAACACCUCUCCACUGCUUUCCACUUCCUUUCACCUGAGUAAGCAGUCCCCAGUACUGUUUCUGAGUAUAGCUGUGUCUUCUGCCAACAAUCAGUGGGAGCUAGGUAAUCUGUGCUAAUAUUUGUAUUUGUGUUCUCUGUGCACUGCAGAUUACACCAGCUCAGCUGAUCCACAGUAUCCUGUGGGAAUCAGAUCCUUUUUCUCACUGCUCCUUUAGGUUGGCCAUGGUUUUCUCUGAAUUGUUUAGGUGUAACAUUCUACAAAGGACAAAUUUGCCUUUAUAGUGUAAGGUAAAUGUUUAUAGUGGGGCUGGAGACAAGUGCAAGCUUCAAUUCAGUAACAAGAGUUACUCCUCUUUUUGGAAACUUUUUUUGUGUGGAAUUAAUGAGCAAAGAUUGGCAUGCUUUGCAGCAGCUACUGUCAAAAAAGUAAGAGAAAAGCCAGAGGUGAAGUGACGCAGCCAAGGUCACGGAGCAGCUCGGUGCACGGACCAGAAGCAGAAUACAGGUUGCCUGAUACCAACUUCAUGCACUGAUUUUUCAGUUGCCAAAUAACUAAAGUCUUUAUCCAAACCCUUAGUCUGUAGUUGGACUGUGGGGAAUGUGUCCUCUUUCCUUUAAAAGAGGGGGGAAAAAAAAUAUAUAUAUAUAUAUUUAAAAAUUGGUAUCAAUGCUUUUUUUUGCUCCCUUCAUUUGCUUGGAAUCUUUUCGUCUGCACAUCUGAUCCUUUGUAGGCACAGGUACUGCAAUUUGUAUGCUGUUAUCUCAUCUAUUUUCUAGAGCAUGUGUAGCUGUUUUUGAAAGGGAAUAAAAAGUAAUCCAGUUAGACUUUAAAUCCUUUCAGUAGGAACAAUUAUCUUGAGUGCUAUGGCUUCUAACAUUCAUCACGCUAGAAUAGGACACAAAGACUUCUAUAAAAAUAUGACCAUUUAGCUCAAGUGGUGCUCUGAGGACAUAAGAAUAGAAGCCUUCUAUUGCACUGAAUAAUAUUACGUUGCUAAAAUAUGACAAAGGGGUCUUGACUAUGGCCAUUAAAGAUUGUGUGUAAUAAAAGCACUCUGAAAAAGUUACCAAAUACUACAAAGAGCUGUUUUGCUAUUUACACCAGCAAAUAUUUUAGGUAGAGGGAAAAAUUGUGAAGUGUUAGCUGUUAAUCCUGAGUGAAUGUAAUAGAUUCAAUUAUGUAAUGUGACAAUGAAUUUGUUCUGUUUUGCCUUAGGUUAGAAUUUAAGCUUUUCCUCUUCAGCUUUAUUCAGAUUGUUAAGUGGCUGCUGAGAAGCUGGAACUUUGUCAAGCAAACUUGGCUUUAAAUUUUAAAUUAUUUUUAAUCAAUAUGUGAAGAGGCCAAGCUCUGCCAUAUGUUGCUCACCAUCCAUUAGUUGGUAGCUGGUCAUUAAACUCUCACUAAGGUUUCCUAACUGUGACUAUUGUGGCGGUGUUGUGUUUUUUUUUUUUUUCCCCCCUCUUUGUAGAGUAUGGGCAAAGGGGAGCAUUUGUGGCAGAUUGCCUUGAGGACAAUAAAAACUCUCAUGUAGUAUGGUUGUUUGUUCAGACACAAACAAUAGAGACAUUUUGCUAUUACCAUUUGCCAGCUAUCAAGGGGUUUUGAACCCCCUCCCCCUUGGUGCCUACAACUCAAAACAGAUGCAAAAUCUUUCUUUUCAGUCCCCUUGAAAUGACCUGUGGUGGUGCAGUGUCAUUUAGAGGAGAAAUUAUUGGAGUGAGAGUGGCUCAUAACAAUAGGGGCCUUGUGCCAGGCACAUGACAGAGCAGUGAGGGGGCUGUUGGUGACUUUAUUGGGGAGGAGAACGGCGAUCUGGCAGGUGCUGCCAUUGUUAAAGGUCUCCGCUCCUAGACAGUGGUCGCAGAUGAGUUCAUGUCAUUUUAUUCAAGCUCUUUACACUGACUUCAGUGAUGUGACACUGGUCAAGUAGCCAACCCAGCUUUUCUGAUCUCCUCAACAUGGUCCCUUCUGUAACGUAACCUUUUAUUGCUGAGAUAUGUCAACAUGCUUCUAGGCCAUAUGGCUUCGAGCUAGAGUAACUUUUGUGCUCUCUGAAAAGGACAUAAUAACUUAAUGUUUACUCUGCUAAUACAGUCUUGGUCCUCACUACUGAUCCUGGCAUUAUUCUGUGGAGAUGUCAUCCAGAAAACCAAUUAAAGUGUAUUGAUACAAAAUAGAUCCAUUGGUUCAAUGCUGAAUUUUACAACAACAGAGAUUAUUGCUUAUGAGCUGAAAGCUCCCACCGACUAGAAGUGUGUGUUCCCUGUUUUUUUCUUUUUAAUGCGCACAGCGAUGCAGUGCUCUGGUGGCAGGACUGCAGACCAGCAAAUGGGUGAAGAAGUUGACAUUUUUUUGCACUCAAAGGAAUAAUGGGAGAGACAUUAAGUAGAAAAAGUUAAUGCAUUAAUACAUUUGUUUCAAUGUGUUUAAUUUUACCCAUGCUGUCCCUUUUUUCACAGCACCAGGCCACACUAUAAUAGCUACAUCUGCUUCUGUUGUAUGUAUUGUUUAGUUCUAUUUUUUUGGCUCAGAGAAUAGAAACUGGUCUUUCUGUGGGGAAACAAAGAAUUUGUUUUUGUAAAUUGCCAUUUUUUUCUGAAUAAAUCAUGAAAAACUUGGCAGAUUGAAGAGAUCAGACAUAUGGAAAUUGGCAAUUUUUAGUCUGCUAAGGAUAAUUCAACGUGGAUGUCAUGCAGUCUAAUGAGAUACAUGUUUGUGGUACAGGGGAGAGGCAGGGGGAGAGAAACUGAAGAUGCUCAGAAAAGAUAGAUUUUUAGGUAGAAUUCAUUACUUGAGAGAGUUCUGAAGUGUUUUCAGAGCCUCUUAAAAGCCUGAAUUUGGCAGUUCUCAUCCAAACAGUGACUGUAAAUCCAAAACUGAAAGCCAACUUAUAAAAUUCUACUUCAGAGGUGAGUGUUUGUUUUAAAAACAAAACAGAACAAAAACAAUGUAGAAGAACAUCCUUUUACAAAUAGAGCUGAUGUCUUGAAAGACAGAACAAAGUCUUGAUCAAAAUAUGCAGAGAAAUACUGACCGUGUGAAGGUAUUUUCAUUGCAAAUAUACACUAUUACUAUUAGACUAUUUUGACUUUUUAUUGUUGAUACAAAUAAAAAAUAAAGCAAUUCGCAAACAAGGGCCUUGGAAAUUUGAUAAUGAAAUGGGCCUUUGAAUGUAUUUUAUAUAUACAAUGUAUUUAUGAAUUACUGUAAUUACAAUAGAUAUAGAGCCAAACCUUAAAAAUAAUUGACAGGGGUAAAGAUGGAAAACAGAACUACGUAACUCUUGCUAGUGAUAGAGAUAAAUCAAGAGCUGCAGACCUUUUGAAAUAUGAGCUCUCAUAAAACACUGGUCAUUUAUAUCUAUUUUGCCAAAACCCUGAGAAUACCAAACCUUGUUCUUUAUUUUAAAUGUGUAGCUGGAGAUCUUUAUGAAAGCUGUCAAAAUCUUAGGAUUAACAGCUGGGAUGGAAAGGAAGUAGCUUCUAGACCAAAACCUGCAGGCAACAAGCUAAGAACAUAAUAAUAAAAAAGACACGAUGGUUAGGAAUGUCUAAUAUCAGUGUAAUGGGAAAUGACUCAGGUAUGUAACCAACCUGGCCAAAUGGUCCACAACUAAACAAGCACCUCAUUUCCACCAAAAUAACAAGGAGGAAAGAAAAGUGAAGACAAAUCUAAACAAGGGGGAGGGGAAAGGUAUGCAGAGAAGGCUAUGAAUUGGGAAAUGUGAUCCCCUAAGAAAGUAACACUAAACUUCCCAAAUUGCACUGUCCGUAAUUCUUUGAUCAGAGAAAGGGAGUCCUAUCUCUGGGUGCACUGCUUGCUCACAUUCUGACCUUUAAAUGCAGUAUACCUCUUUUCUUAUCUACAUUACAUGUAGUAAAAAGGAAGAGAUUACUGCCCAGAUGUGGGGAGGUUUUCAUUAGGUUCAGUAAUGCACUCUGACCCUUUGGAUGGCAGAGCCAAAAAUACAAAAGGAAAUGAGGGCACAUGCACAUACGGUUUGUGAAACUGAGCCAAAUACUUCAUAAUUCUCCAGCUGAGUGACAGGAGCUUGUAUGGUCGAAGAAUCCUCUCACUUCAAAUUGACGUCUCUUGCAGUCUGACAGAGCUGUGGAAUGUGAAUUUAUGCUAUUAUAUGAAUAAGACUGUGUUAAUAGAACUUCAAAUUACCAAAACCAAGCUUUGGAGCUUAAAGAAUUAGCAGGCUUGAGGUUGCCUGUUGAACAUGAGUUGGCUCUGCUUGUGCAAUAGGAUGGAGACUCACCAGGGAUAGAUUCACAUAUAUUUAUUCAUAUGGAGAGUUCAGCGAAGGUUGUAUGGCCAAAUUUAAGCCUGACUUUUCAGGCUGUCUGAACUUCAAGAGACUGAUUUUGCUGUCUCAGUGUUCUGUGUUUCUGUAAGCUACUUUGUAAUCUCUUUGAAAGAAGGGAAUUGUAUAAAUAAAACUUUUACCCAUUGCAUCCUGAUAUUACCACAGGCUCACUAGCAUGGCUUGAACAAUCCAGUUAGUUGCAGGUACUGGGUUUGAUCUGAAGAUCUAAUCUGACCUAUUCUCUAGCUCUGCCUGUCAUAAUCUUCUUCAACUAAUGUUCUUCCAUGUCAGGAUUUUCUGAAUGUUCUCAACAUUAUCUAUAAUCUACACAAUGAGUAAAACAUGUAAUAAACUAAGCUUUAUAACAAAGAACGCUACUCUUCCCAUCAUGUGUUUGGAAACUGGUCUUUCUGAGUUAUUUUUCAGUGUCCACAGGCAGGAUCAGAUAUGUCAGAGAGCAUGGCAGCAGUUGAAGGUGAGUCUCGCCGGCACAAACACCCUUAAGUCAUCCCCAGGGUUUGUCAAUCUGUGAGUAUUUUGAUGGGACUCAGUUACUUCUCCUUAUUUUUUAAAGUAGGAAGAAAAAUUGAGGUAGAAGUAAGACCAAAGUGUACUGUUUGCUUUAAGGUAUUACUUUUACAGGAAUAAUUAUUUUAAUUACGUUACCAGAACUUUUCUAAAAAUACAGUUCAGUAGGCUUGAUUAUUGUAGGGAAAUCCCUAAUUUAUUUAUAAGACCAUAUUGGUUGUGGUCCUAUGAUGCUAUUUGUCUCUUUUUUUUUCCUUCCUGUAGUGUCAAGUUCCACUGUUAAAACAAUCUAUUCAUAGUCAUGAGUAUGUAUUUUUUUGAUUGAUUGUAGAGUUUAUGGAAAAGAUAACGCCACUUGAAUGAUGUGAUGCCUGAUGUGACACUCUGGUGUGAUGCUACAUUUUAUCUGGAUGUAAGCUCUUCAGAGGAAGGAUUGCACCUCUGGACCCACGCUGUAUAUGAGAAAUCUUGGGGAAAACUGAGAAAAUUCAUUCUCCAACACUGAAAGACAACAUUACUAUCAAAACAAAUUGUUAGUAUUUGUCUGGCUUCUUUUCUCCAAAUCAUCUGUGACUUUAAGCAAGUCAUUCAGUUCUUUUGGUGAAAAAUUGAGGCGAACAACAUCAGCUCUUGCUCCUGCUGCCAUGGAAAAUCAAUGCAGGAAUCUUUAGCUUUCAUGAAGAAGAGGGUCCAGGCUUCUUUAUGAGCAGCUUUUGGGCCUCUUGAAUGCUAAGCUCCUGUUGCUGGAAACCUUUCUAAGGAAUAAAAGAGCAUAUGUAAUUUCUGGCUGAUGACCUCAUGAAGAGGAGACCCAUCAGGAGAAUUCAGCCUCCAGAACACAAUGGACUGCCUGGAACUUUUACUCUUUGCCACACUUGCGGCUAUGGGGCAGUAGAGGAGGGCAGAGCAGGAACAUGGGAGAAGCAGAGCCUCCCUACAGAACUACAGAUCCAUGUGGGAGCUGCCAUGGAAGGAGAUAAGAAAUCCACCCUCCGGAUAUGUAGAAUGAUGUUGUUGUAAUCACUCUUCAAAGGGAGAUCCUCAGUAAACAAAUGUUAGCAUGUUGCCUCUGCAGCUUCUUUUGGUACCAUAUCAGGAUGGGUGAGCUGUCUCCAGUUAAGGCAAAUUAACCUGUGAAGAAACAAAGCAAAAUCCAUGCUGAAAAUGUGUGCAGAUGUGAGGCCAACAGCAGCAGCAGAAAGGCUUUGUCAACACCAGCAAAUCACUGAUUCUACCUCUGCAAGGUCAGCUUCUGAAGGCAACGUGUGUGAGACCAGAGCUCCACAACCGAGAGUAGUCUGAAAGGAUUAGAAGAUCCAAGGGAAUGGAAGCUUUCAGAAGGAGGAAGGGUCAGGUCUGUCUUGGAGAACUCACCCCACAGAAGCAAGAGAGAGGCUGUUCCAGUAACUCCUGUGGGAGGCCUAGCUGGGAUGCCAUCAUCAGGCACAACCCCUGUUCCGAGGCAGGAUUUCAGCCCAUUUCAAGGACUAACUCAGCUCCAGCCUCUAGAGCUUUGAUCUGCUUGAAAACUCAGACAUCAGUAAGGCGGUUAAGUUUAUAUAUUGAAUCAUAUGAAGUAUGGAUUAUGCAGAACAGCCCACCUCUAGUUUUGAGUGAAAGGAGGUCAACAUUUUACAGGACUUUACAGGACAGAACCUUAAGUACUGCAAGAGUUCCUGACACCAGUGAAUGAGUCCAUGCAGCAGAUCGUAAACACAUCACCCAGUCAUGAUUUUGGAACAUCACUUCCUGCUGAUACCUAAAUAUUAAUGUAUAAGAUGCAUCCUGUGAAACUCGAAUAGAAGGAUCUGCAAAUACAUUCAAUUGCACUUCAGAUUGAAUGAAAUUUUUAGCAAACUUUACUUUGGAGUGGAUAAACACCUCAGUGCUACUUAAUGUGAGUACAUGUCAAAUAUUCAUGGCUUGCUGUUGAACUUACAGCUGAGUUAGGUGCUUUCAAAAUACCUUUCAAAGAGAUACUUCUGCAAAUGUUUAUUGCUUCUUUAAUGCGUCUAAUAGGUGUAAAUAUGUAUAUUUAUGCUGUAAUGUAUUUUGGUGUUUUUUUUUUUUUCCUGAGAUUAUGUCCUUAGUUUACUUUCAUUGUCUUGUUGUAACCCUAUGAGGAUCUAACUCCAGUUCAAGUAGGUGCCCCAGAGACCAACCUUUUGAGAGAUACACAAUACAGCAUUGGUUAUGUCCAAUAGCAAGGUCUGGCUAAGAGAUGUGAACUGUAAGUUCUGAGCAAAUCAUCAACACUAUCAUGUCAGCAGAAUGUGCUUAUUCAUAGAUUUAUUUUUAUUGAUAUCAUCCUUGUAAAAGGCUGUCAAGCAUUGUCCUUAUGCUAAAGCAAACAAACAAAAAAACCACAGCAGAACUAUAGCAUCAUGUAGAAGUAAGCAGCUUACUGAGAAUACACUAAUAGAUAUGUCCACAGAGUUCAGUACUUGAAUUCAAUUCUCCUUUUGCACCCUUUAGCUAUUGUCAGUGGUUUACAUGUAAAACCAUGACAGCUAUUGCCCUAAAUAAGCUGUCCAUUAUUCCUAAUGCCUUCGGUAUCUCUGUAGUGACUAAACCUGGUGGUUUUUUUUUUCCCUGUCUCAGUAAUUUUAGUUUGGUUAACAGUGAUUCUUAAAAAUAAAAAAUAAAAACAGUCCUCAAAGGGUGUAAGGAAUCUACAGAGUAUUUUGUGAAAGCAAAUCAUUUUGUGUGUGUAUAUGUGUGUGUGUGUGUGUGUGUAUAUAUAUAUAUAUAUAUAUAUACACAAAUACAGAGUUACAUAUGUUCACACAUGCAGAAAACUAGAGAAAGCAUCCAUUAUCAGAACGAUCUGUGAGUCACCUCAGAUAAAUGCUGCUUCAAGGCAAUCCUAUGCAGUAGAUUAAUAAACAAUGUCUUCAGUUUGUGGCAGGGAGUUUAAGCCCAGUCAUUUAUAAGCUUAAAAAGUAGAUCAAGGAAUAGUUGUGAUAACUUGCCUUAUUUCCAGUCUGUGUGUGUGUGUGACCAUUGUCAUUUGUAGCUCCUGAGCAGCAUGUUGAUGUGAGUGCCAAGCCCUCUGCAGGGCUGGCAGCACAGGAGUCACUGAUGUUACAGUGCUGCAAACCUGAGCAGAAAAUCAGGGCCUGGGUCUAAAAAAAAAAAAAAAAAAAAAACCUCUUGUUAUUAUGAUGUGUUGCUUGUAAGUUAUCACAAACUUUUGAUAAAGACAACAAAUGCAGGAUAUCUGAGUCCAAUUAAAUGUUCUGAAUUGCCGAAGAAACCAUCUGAAGGCAGCUUUGCAGACUCAAUGCAGCAAAUUCCUGUAGUGCAUUCCAGAAGUCCCCAGGCUGAGUCACUCUGAGCUCGAUUGCAGAGCUUGGAAGCUGAUGAAUCACUGUUGAGCAGUAUGUAUGUUUUUAUAAUCUUUGCUUUAAGUAAUGUCCAUUCAAGAUCUAAGCUAAUGACCAUUGGAUAAGGGUGCAGAUGGAAUGCGGUUUCUACAUUUGGAAGCAUGCUGUGAUGAAUCUGUUCCUUAAGUGUGUUUAUGUUUGAGGGACUUUGCAUGCGGGCUAUCUCCUCAGUGGCAUGUUAAAUUCUGCUCUCCAAGGACAAGAAUGGAAGAGAGGUAGAAAAGGGGAGGAGAAGAAUCCAAAAAGGUGGAAAAGCUGUGAAAUGCAUUCCCUAAGAAGCACAGAAGUUGGUUUUUUGUUUUGUGUUUUUUUUUUUUUUUUGCAAGGUUUGAAGUGUCUUUCUCAUUCAAGGGAACUCUAGCUCGCCACAAAUUAUUAGUCUUGAGGGUCUGAAUCUGCAGAACAAGUCAUUGUUUUCAGUAUCUCCAUGAUGAAUGCUGUUUGUUUGUACACUGUGUUCAAACACUGGAAUGAUUCAAAUGUCUGUAGACUUUUGCUGUGAUUCUAAGCUUUAUUAAUUUUACACCGUCUCCUUCCUUCUUUCUGCAUCUCCAUACGCGUGCUUUAUUUCAGUAUUUCAGCGUGGCAUUUAGGCACAGCUCCCAUCACAGGCGUACUUCCACUGAAGGUGACUCAUUCGUGUGUGGUGGUCUGCAGACCCACUUCUGCAGCUUCUUAUAAUUUGUAGAAUCAUUAAGAUUGGAGAAGACCUCUAAGAUCCUCUCAUCCAACCACCCACAUGCCAUGAAUACUGCCCACUAAACCAUGUCCCUAAAAGCAUAGAGAGUUUAGUUUCUAAAGCACAGAGAGACUCGAGCUGGUAAUACAGUGAUUGGUCUGAAGGAUUAGCCUCGGCUUUCCUCCCAAACUAAUGUAAACAAAUUGCCCGCUCCUGAAAUAACUCGCGAGAUACCUUUCCCCUUCCUCUCACUGAAGUAUUCCUUUGUGCUUCCUGAUUUUGGCAGGGAUGUUUCAGAAAUAGCUAGUACAAUGAUGUUUCCACUCUGAAAGAGGAAGCGCUGGGUGGGAGGAGUUAGGAGCGGAACAGAGGAAGCGAAGCUGUUUCAUCCCAUCUCAGGCUGAACUUUCACAGCAAAUAGGUGGGAGCGCAUGUGGGUGCUGAGCCACCAGAGCCCACCCUCGCCCGGCACGAGGCCAAAUGUGAGCACACACACAAGGCAUGGCAUGCGUGGCCCCUCGCAUGGCUCAGCACAGCUGAUGCUGACAGCUCGGCACUGCUGAGCAGAGUGAAUGAGGCGAGGUCAGGAGGAAGGCAGCAGCGGGCUCCCCUCCCUGUGUUGUACAUGAAAGGUGCUGCCGGGAUGGCUCGCCACUGCGGCAUUGUGUGCAGCAGUCAUGCUGGAGAAGCUGCUCUGUCACAUGUUUGUCAGCCAGCCAAGAUUUUAAUUCUGAACUUUUCCAUGAAACCAAUAGCUAUAUUCUCUGGCUCUGGCCCGCUCUAGUGCUUGGCCAGGGCUAUGGGAAUGAAAUGUCAAAGCAGCCUGUCUAUGAAUUGAGAUUGCUUUCAUGCGUCUCCACCUGCUGGCUGGCAUUUCACUAAUUGCAGUAGCCUGUAGGGAUGACAGCGGACUUUUUUGAAGCCAAGGGCUUAUGUGGGAAGCGUAAUUCAGUUCUAUGAGAAGGCAAACAAAUGAGUGUGAUCAGAGAGAUUAUUUUCUAACUUGAUAAAGAGUGCUGUCCUGUAUCGCAGGUAGAAGGCCACUGAGGCUUUCAAGCUGCGCUUUUGAGCUUCUGAAGCCUCAGCUGAAAGAUAAGCACUAAGAAGGAUUUUUGGAAGGAACUCACCGAGUGUGAAGACAUUAACAUAUUAUUUUACGACUAAAACCAGAUGCUGAGGAUGCUAACGUGUUCUCAUUGAUACAGUGGAAGGGAGAAAUAUUUAUUAAUAUCUGGAAGCAUGAGUGUUCUGGGGCCCGCAGCCUAGUUUCUGUGUGGUUAGGAAAGCAGUUACUUAGCAAAUGUGGGCAAGCAGCUGUUUCAAAUGGAAAGGAAUAGAAAUGAUUAAUGACUUCUAUGCUUUAAAGAAAUGAAUCCACAGGAUUUCUUUCUUCUACUGUGCUGUCCCACUUGGCCAUUUCUGUCAUGUGCUCUGGGACUUUCUUUGGAAGUUUUCAAUGGUUUGUUUUGAACUACUCUUUAGAAACUUACUGGACCAGAUCUGGAGCCAGACAGAUGCCAGCUGUGGAUCUGAUCCAUUUGCACGUACAUUCACAGGCUCAGAGCACAGAUUACGAACACUUGAUAUUCCAUGAACUUUGCACCACGUCCGCAAUAGAAUAUCUUGCUCUCAGAUACUGCGGUGAUGGGUGCAGUAUUAAAUCCUAUUUAGAGAAGAAUUUCCCCCCCCUUUUUUUUUUUUCUUAGCUGUCCUUUAUUUGCGCUGUAUUUGACAAUGUGGAAGGCAAGAGGCAUUCUCAGGAUCUGAAACAAUGCAGGGAAUAAACCCUUUCUCUGAGAAUAAUGUCAGAUGUCAAUACUGAUUAUUGAUAUUUUACCAUCUUCUGUACUCCCAGUAAUGGCUUGUUUCAUUCUGCCAAACUGCUCUGUCAUCUGUUUCUUGUGUAUGCUUUCAUUUAGCUCCUUAGUCUUGCAUGUACAGCAUCAGAAGGUGUAAGGUAGAAAAGGUUAAAAAGAAGAUGAGGAAGAGAAAGAGGAACAUGGAGAAAAGAAAAAGGAAGGCUAUACAAAAUAUGGAUAUUUUCACUGAGUUGUUAACAGUGAAUCAUCCAGCCAAUGUUGUUGAAGCAGUUCUUACUGGGGUCAAUCCCACUGUCCCAAGAGUUGACUGUAUGGAAUUAUUUUCAGUAUACUUCUGUGCCUGACUUGAUCCACUGAAGGUUCUGUUCCCCUAUUUUUGGAUUAUGUGUUGAGAAUGCCAGAGCAUGAAAUACAAAUACUUUUUUU